CUUCUCAAUAGCGUUAGCGGUCAUCACAUCCGCGCCGUCCAAUAGCGAACAAGCCUGAGCCAGACAUCAUUUCAGCUUUGGAGAAUUAUACCGACAUACUACAUGCUCGUAUAUAACAUCCUGCUCGGCGAUUAACGUCUACGUAUUUAUUUUCCCAGUGUUUUAGAUAUUUUAGAGGCAACUGAUUUUGCAGAGUAGGGCAUUUUUCAAUGGAGGCUUCCUUGGAAGAAAACGCUCAUGUUAUGAUGAUGGACUCUCCAACAGCUGAGCAACCUGCACGGGAAGCGUCACAGAGUUACAGUGAAAUACCAGAGGUGUCACUGUGCCCUCCGGACAGCCCAGCUAUGGAGCCCAGAGUGACUCUCCUACAGACAGAGGGACUCCGUUCCAGUAGCUGCAGCCUGGCCAGGAUGUCCUCCUCAUCCCAGCUGUACCACCAGGUGUCCGCGGACUGCUCCCACCUCUCCCCCCAUCCAAAGCGAUGCCGCUGUUGCGGGCACCGGCAGAAAGUCCCGGGCAGCCCCAGUCCCAGCCUGCAUUCCAUGACAGGAAGCCCCCACCCUAACUGCUCCUCAGAGACCACCAGGACUGCUCGUGGCUGCAGCCCCUCCCACGUGCCCUCCUGCCACGACACCGUGCACUGCCAUUGGCUGCAGGGAUCACAUGAAGGCGGCGCCCACCACCCACUGCAACACCAUGUAGUAACAGUCAGCCAUGAAGGGAUAUACAGGAUUCCAAGAAGCUACUCCCAGCUUAUAGUGGAGUUCCCCGUGGCGGUCCUCAUCAGCUGCACCAUUGCUCUCCUGGGAUGCUCCUUAGCCGGGAUCCUGAUUGGUCCACUGCCAGACUUCUCUGACCCCUUAUUGGGGUUGGAACCACGCGGGACGGACAUCGGGAACCGACUCGCCGCCUGGGCCAAGCUGCAGGAGAACACGGGACCGGGGAAGCCACUGUCUCUGUUACCGCGGAAUCUUGCCGGAAAGUCGGCUAGCGGCUUUGGUCACGGUGAUGAGCAGGACACCAGCCGCGGCGUGGGGCAGCACCAGCGACGCUCUCGCAGAAUGCUGGACUGGGCGUUCGCUCAGGAAUCCUUCUUCUGCGACUCCCCAGGAGAACGUUACGCCCAGCUGGUUUUUCGCUCCGGAAACUCAGCCAGUCUCUGGAGCCUGAAGGCCAUCCGCUCCAUGUGUGAGAUGGAGCAGGCGAGGAUCCGGUCCCAUGCUCAUUUCCAAGACCUCUGUGAACAGGACAGACCGGACAUAGGCGGGGCCUCAACUAAUCGUAUGUGUUGCCCAAGCUGGUCUUUGGGCAAUUACCUGGCCGUGCUGAACAACGCUACCUCUUGCUUUAGCCUGACUGCUCUGCAGGUAUCCAAAAGCCUGACUCUACUCCGCCAGUGUGCCCCUUACUACCACGACAGGAGCCUGGCACCAUCCUGCACCGAGAGGAGCAAGAUGGGUCACUGUGCAUCGGUGCCAUCUCAGUGCAAGCACUCCAGCGCAGUCUACCAGAUCCUGCAUUAUCUGGUUGACAAGGACUUCCUUGGACCUCAGACCACAGGUUAUCAAGUCCCCUCACUGAAAUACAGCCUUCUGUUUCUGCCUGUAGAGAAAGGAGAUCCAAUGCUGAAGAUAUACUUGGACAAUUUGGAGGGCCGUGAUCUUACAUACAGCAACACCACAAUCACAGGCAUGGAUCUGGGCAUCAAAGAGCAGCUUUUCAAAUACUAUUUGGCUCGUGACUCAGUCUAUCCAGUGCUGGCUGUAGUGAUGCUUUUAUUGACGACGGCUCUCUAUCUGCGGUCAUUCUUCCUCUCGGCGAUGUCCUUGGCGGCAAUCAUGGUGUCUCUCUUUACUUCCUAUUUUUUCUACAAAGUCGCUUUCCGACUCAUGUUCUUCCCUUUUCUUAACAUUGCUGCGGUUCUGGUCUUGCUGGGGAGUUAUUCCAAUCAGGCAUUUACGUUCAUAGACCUCUGGCAUCUCCAGCUAUCCCAGAAGCCUCCUGCAUCGCUAGAAAAAAGGGUCACACGGGUUCUUCAAGAGGGGGGAUACUUGAUACUGGCAUCGGGACUGACAGCCAGUGCCACAUUCUACUCAGGAUAUAUGAGCAGCAUCACCACCAUCAGGUGUUUUGCAGUCUAUCUUGGUACUGCUUCUUUAAUCAGCACUCUUUUCUCUCUGGUAUGGUUGCCCUGUUCCCUUAUCCUGCGUGAGCGUUACUCUGCAACAGUUGCGCUGCCCAGGAAACCCUGCUGUUCCUUGGGCCCCAGAGGAUUCUGGGACACAAGCUCGAGGAAGCGAUGCUUAUUCACAAUGGUUCGGAAAUUAAGGGGACUGAAACGGGGACUGUCUGACACAUCGGAUUUGCUCUUCUUAAAAAUCCUGCCAUGUGGUGUGGUUAAAUUUCGAUAUAUCUGGGUUUGUUGGUUUGCUGUAUUAGCAGCAGGUGGAACUUACAUAACAUUUGUGGACCCAGGAAUGAAACUCCCUUUUUCAGACAGUAAAGUGGCUCAGCUCUUUCGUUCCAGUCAUCCUUUUGAAAGGUAUGAUUUGGAAUACCGUCACCAAUUCAUGUUUGAGCGGCUAAAGAGUGGGGAGGACAAACCCAUGACAAUCACUCUCGUUUGGGGCAUCCUUCCAGUAGACAAUGGAGACCACCUGAACCCCAGAAGCAAUGGUACCUUAGCUACGGACCCAGGCUUUAACAUGAGCAGCCCAGAAGCUCAAGUGUGGCUGCGAGGCCUGUGCGGAAGAAUCGGAAACCAGAGUUUCUAUGUUCCUUCCUGGUCCCCUGAGGGAGAAUUCAAACAGGACAAUAUCUGUUUUGUUGAACAGCUAUUACACUGGGUGUCAAUUAGACGCUGCUCUGAGAAUGAGGACGCUUUCAACUUCUGCUGCAACAAUAUCCCAUUCCCUUACCUCCCCGCUGUUUUUGAGCAGUGCCUGGCCAUGAUGGCUGCUGAGAGACAUGCAGAAGGGUACUUGCCUGACACAGCGGGACCUCGUUUCGACCCAGACGGCCGUCCAGUAGCUUUAGUUAUAGAGUUUAAGACGACCCAACUCUACAGUUUCAAUUUCAAUCAAACUGCACAUUUCUACAAGGAGAUCGAGACAUGGUUCACUAAAGAAAUAUCUAGUGCUCCUACUGGACUUCGGAGUGGUUGGUUUGUAAGCCAAUUGUCUCUCUACGAUCUCCAGCAAUGUUUAAGCUCGGAGACACUGGUAGUGACAAGCUUCUCAGUAGCCCUUACCUUCGCCAUGCUUCUCUUGACCACCUGGAAUAUUCCACUGAGUAUUUAUGGAACCGCCGCCGUUGGAGGAAGUGUUUUCGUCACGGCUGGCCUCCUGGUCCUGCUAGAGUGGCAACUAAGUGGCUUGGAGGCCCUUUUUAUAUCAGCUGCUGCUGGGCUUUCUGUUGAUUUUGCUGCUAACUAUUGCAUUUCCUAUAGCUUGGCACCACACUCGGAUCGGCUCGGAAGGGUAGCGCACUCCUUAAAGAGAAUGGGCUGUCCGGUAGCCACAGGAGCCGGUGCCUACUUCUGCAUGGGUGUCAUAAUGCUGCCUGCAACUGCACUGCUGUUUCGCAAGCUGGGCAUCUUCCUACUCUUAGUGAAGUGUGUGGCUUGUGGAUUUGCCACUUUCUUCUUCCAGUCACUCUGUUGCUUUUUCGGGCCACAGAGGAACUGUGGGCAAAUAUUUCUGCCAUGUGCAGGAACAAAUAUGCAGUACAAGGAAAAGGGGACUGAAAACAUGCUAUCUCCUGGCUCUGCCUUAGAGCCGGCCUCCUCCAAUGCAGCAGCUAAUGGGUCUUUUGGCUGCGGGGGGCAUUCCAGAAUGCAAAGGGGAUUCGAAAAAGGAAGCGACGGUGGUCAUCUCUGUCCGGGGCAGCAUCGCCAGCGACAAAGACACAGAAGCGAAGGGAGGAAGCCAGAACAGUAUGAGCUUCAGCCUCUGGCCUGUCAGAUGAGCGACAGCUUUGAGAACAGCACUUGCACCAGCAAACUGUCCAACAGACCCUCUGUCCUCUCGGAUGACAUUCAGUUCCGUAGCCUGAGCCCAAGGGGAGAUAUAGAAGCAAUGAGCAUUGAGGGAGACAGCGAGGACUUAUCUUGUCAGCACUUUGAAGUCUGUAACCCACCUCCUGCCCUACAGACCUCCUCCCCAUACAAGGAGAACACCCUCCGACCAGUGGUAGUAUCACCAACUAAUCUGACCCAGGAAAGACUCUUAUGUAGGCAGUGCCAGAGUCAGUCUGGCACCCGUAAACACUGGAAUGUCUCAACGUCCUCCUCCUCAAGCAUGGAAGAUAUCAUCAGCAGUCAGCCUCCAGACCACCAACAAUCAUUGCCCACAGAGAGGACAACCGGAAGUCCUUUCAAGGACCACCCCCAUCGACGGCUCCUCUCGUCCCAGAGUUCUUUCGAUGGGCUGGAGGACUCCAAUGAGACUUGCCUGAGUGACAUUGAACCAGGACCCUCAGCCCCACAGACUUUAGAAGAAACUGUAAGAGAGCUGAAACCAGGUCACUUGAAUGGCAAGAGGGACACUUUGCGUCUGUCGCUGAAGGAGACUGUUUACGAGACAGCUCCCUUGGGGAGAGGUAGAACAAGCCAAGGAGACUUACCAGUCAUCUUACCCAAUAGCAAACCAGAUUUACCAGAUGUAUGGAUAAAAAGGGAAGGGAGAAGUGGGGAAGGUAGUUGAAGUCAUGCCACAAUGUGUUAAUGCAGCUAAUUGCCAGUCAAAUCACUCAAAAUAAUUCAUUGUAAUAGAUCUCGAUCCAAAAUGAGGACCCAUUUGUCAAUCAAAAAUUUCAGCCUAUUUUUUUGGGGAGGAAUAACUUUUGUUAGCCCUUCAAUUGAAACAAUGCAGCACGACACUUGUUCAGCGUUAAGUGAUCUAUUUCGUGUGAAAGUGUAUCAGUUCAAGCUUGGUGACAAUCUGUCAGACUAUUGUAUGAAUGACUUCUUGAUGUCAAAUACAUAUUUGUCUCCAGUGUA